UUUAAACGGGCGGUUAUAUCGAGGCCGGGGGAAAUCGGGCGAGCUGCGCCAGUCUUUGCCGUUCAGCUGGGAGAAGCUUUCAAAGCAUUUCAAGCGCUCAGCUGUCCCGAACUGUCACGCGAGCCCUCCCGCGGAGAGUCGGGCGGGGCAGGGCCGCGCUGGCAUUGCUCUUCCCGAGCUCCCACCUGUUGGAGCCUCAUUUGGAAAACGCCGACGUGCUGAAGACGGCCAGAAAAGAAGCGUUGAGGGCAAGACUUCCGACAUUUGUGAACCUCAGAGCUUGCCGUGGUACGCCUGCGACCUAAAAGCUCAACUUUUGUUACUUCUGUGACCCGAAGCGUCAUCUGUGCACCAUGGCCAACUACGACUGGCUGGACGACAAGGACUCUGUGGAUAUUCACGACAACCCCCCUCUGCCGGAUAAUGUGGUGAACGAGGAGGACAACACGGUCUACUUCAUCUACGACGAGGAGGUGGAGGAAGAAGAGCGAGACGAGCCGCCGCCGCCAGAGUCCGUCAAACCAGUCAACGACCGGCCGCACAAGUUCAAGGAUCACUACUGCAAGAAGCCCAAGUUCUGCGACGUCUGCGCGCGCAUGAUCGUUUUAAACAACAAGUUCGCAUUACGCUGCAAGAACUGCAAAACCAGCAUCCACCACCAGUGCCAGUCCUACGUAGAGUUCCAGAGGUGCUUUGGCAAAAUUCCUCCGGGGUUCAGGAGAGCUUACAGUUCUCCUCUGUACAGCAGCCAGCAGAAUUCUACCGUCUCCCAGCUGCUGCCCUUCUCGCAGGCAAAUCGCACCGACCCCGUGUUCGAGACGCUCCGCGUCGGCGUCAUUAUGGCCAACAAAGAGCGCAAGAAAGGCUCCGAGGACAAGAAAAAUAUGAUGGUGAUGAUGAUGGAGGAAGACGAGUCCCAGCCCAAACAGCAGGAGAAUGGCGCCGAAGGAGACAUCUUCGCGCUUAUCAUUAUCUCUUCUUCUUUUCUUAAACUCAUCUCAACAAUCGCAUCCUGUUUGAUGCCCAGCGCCGGCGACCGCAUCACCGUGAUCGAUGACUCCAAUGAGGAGUGGUGGAGGGGGAAGAUCGGCGAGAGGGCGGGCUUCCUCCCGGCCAACUACAUCAUUCGCGUACGAGCCGGAGAGCGAGUCUUUAAGGUGACGCGCUCCUUCGUCGGCAACAGAGAGAUGGGUCAGAUUACCCUGAAGAAAGACCAGAUUGUGGUGAAGAAAGGCGACGAGGUCAACGGUUACCUGAAGGUUAGCACGGGACGCAAGCUGGGCUUCUUCCCGGCCAACUUACUGCAGGAGAUCUGAACGUUUUUUUGCUUCUUAUCAUGAAUAGUCGCCAUUAAUAUUACAUUUGUAAUUUCAAACCAUUUGAAUAACUUUGACACAAGGACGGCCAUCGACGAGUUUUGCACCGUUGCUAACGUAGCGUCACGAACUGUACUUCAUUUUGGCCUUGAAUUCUGACGUUCCAUUUUUAUAGUUUGUCAGAGCUUUCUAUGAAUGUGGUUUGAAAACGGACGUUCUUAGGAUAAAAAUGAAAGGAAAUGGAAAUUAAAUUAAGACAAUCCGAUAUUGCAUGAACAGAUGCACUCGUUUGAUCUAUGUUGUAGUUCACUGCAGCAAAUUGUAUUUUACUUUCAG